CGUCACGGUAACGUGUCGGUACAGUAUUACAGUUAGAGGGGUAGUUAGCUGCGUCCACAUGUCAACGGCUAAACUGCGCUAACCGUUAAGCUGUUAAUGCUAACGGGACAUUGUGGUGACUUCUAGACGGUGUUGAUUGAAAUGAAUGCAGUCACAGAAACUUUUCCGGAUUUUGCUGCUUUGGUCCAUUGGUGGAAUUAUGGACAAUGAGGUCUUUCAAGCUUGUGGAGAACAUCUAUGCAGACACUGAGAUUUUCGAUCCUGAGGCUCUCAACAACCAUCAUCCAUUGACUGCAUACACAGUGGGAGGGAAGAUACUGGUGACCCCAAAAGUGUGCCUGCUGCAUUGAAGGGACGCAGAAUGGUCCAAGCUACGUAACGCAGGCUGCAUUGAGGUCAGCAUUAACCGGAGAAGAAGCGGUGAAGAUGAUGGUGCAGGUCCUUCUUUGAAGAGAGCAAAGCGAGGGGAGAUUAACUAUGUUCCUGACCACCCAGAUACCCAUACUGAUGACUCGCUGGAGGAGGAAAGACUAGCUCUGGUUGAGGAGUUAAAGAAGAGGAAUAAGAAUGUUGCACUCAUAAAGCAACAGAUGGAGGUGACAUUCUCCCUGAGGCGCAAGGAGAUUGUGGAGCUAGUGCCUAUGGUGUCAGAGGUUCAGGAGCGGUGGCCUGCUCUGUUUUACGAGGCAGAGAUCAGGGAAGAGUUUCUUCGGAUCACCAACAAGGACCUAAUAGACAACUUCGGAGCAGCCAUUAAUCAGCACACUCCUAGGCUCCUUAAACUCUAUCGGGCUAGGCGGACAGCUUUCCCGCCUGAGAUGGAUCAACUCCUUAACAGACUGGAUGAAGAGACAUCUGACAUCACAGUACAUCGACACACUGCAGCCUUGAAGGGCCUCCCCUUGUAUCUCCAUGACAGUCAUGAGAAGCUGUUCAGGAACUGUCUGGCCACUGACCCAGAAGAGGAGCAGAUGAAGGGCCUCAUCGUGGGUAUCCUCACUGUGUUGGAGGAUGAUGACAGUUCAGCUCCUGCAACAGUCAUUAAUGUUGCUGUUGUUGUAGAAGAAGACAUCGUCCUCCAGGAUCUCCCUGACCUGCCAACGACUUUUGCUUACCUCUUUGGGCUGAUCUACGCUUUAAACCUCCAGUACCCAAAAGAACUGAGGUACACAUUCGAAACCAUUCAGAAAGUUUUCAUGGAACUUGGAACUGAUCUCUCUGCAAGGGUCCGAUCCUUCAAAAACAAACUCCUUCAGUGAAUCCACCGAGUUAGCUGAUAAUGUUGGGUCUGGGACAGUUUUGAAUUGCAGAGGUUCCUGUUGCCCCUUGUAGAAUGAUGUAAAUCUCUGUUGCCUGAGAUGGAUCCCCCUCUACCUCUUCUGCUUUUAAGUUCACUCUCUCCACCUCUCCUCUCCCUUUUCCUGUUUCUCCAUUUCUCUCGCCAUCUUCUUUCCUCUCUCAAUCUGUCACCUUAACUUGUCUAACUUUCUUACUUAAUUUGCAUAUUCUCCCGUUCUCACUCAAAUUCUGACCUCUAAAACUCUCCCCUUCUGUCCAGCCAACACGAUAACUGUCUCUCUGCAACUCACAAACUCUUAUCUACCUCUAACUCCUCUUCUAUGUCUCCCUACCUGCCCAUCUCUUGCGCUCCAACGUGCCUGAAUGCUUUUAUCCUAUACAUUUAUCCUGCACCUUACUGGAUAUUGUUAACCACGUUACUUAUGUUAAGAUUGAAUAGUGUGUAAAUUGAUGACACACACAA